AUGAGAAUGCAAAAAAGUGUAUGGAGGUUAAACCAACCAAAUGAUCAUCACUAUAUCAGUUGCGAUAAACAAGAUCUAGGACCUGGUGUUCUGAUUAAUGGUGAUAUACAUGGACUACUCAAAUAUGUGGACAACAUUCAGUUCCAAAGCUACUGUGAUAAUAAUCUACCUGUGUAUAUGGCAACGAAGCUGACAAACGAAUGCUCGUAUAGAUAUUUGGAUUCUGUUUACAGCGACUGGGAACGGUAUAUCACUACCGUGAACUCAGUUGGUGGGUCUUUUCAAUAUAGCAUAUAUGCUGUUGUAGUUUCGUUGACAGCAAAUUUUGUUAUUACAAUUAUAUUGUCAGUACUAAUAUUCAUUAAUAUAAGGGAUAAACCACAUGUUCGAGCGUCAAGAUUACUAAAAUUUGGAGCUUUGAUAGCAUCCAUUAAUUUGACCAUAUUUGUUAUUAGAGCCCUUAAGAAAUUAAGCUGGGAGCACAAAAGCAAGGGAAUAGUGACAACAUAUUAUAUUAUGAAGCUUUUUACAGAGGAUCCGACAUUUAUUGUAUUAGAUUUUCUCUCUAUACUGAUUUUUCAAUUAUGCCAAGUCGGUAUUGUUAUCCGACUGUUUGAGAGAACCCAAGAGAAAAGAAUUAUUUUCUUGGUUGGGGUUCUUCUGGCUUUACUUAAUAAUAUUCUUUGGGUAAUCCCUGAGUUAGCAAUGACAACGGGCAAGGUGUAUGAAGCAUGGGAUAUCCUUCCACCUUUCGUGUAUUUAUUCAGAAUUGUUAUUGUCGCAUCGUACGCCUGUAUUGUUGUUUCAUUCAUAAUUAAAAAAAGGAACUUCUGUUUUAGAACUGCUCAAAUGACUCUUUUAACCUUAUUAACGGUACUGACAGUUCUUUUACUCCCAGGAUUUUUUGUUGCUGAUAUAUCUGAUAUAUGGAUUGAGGAUUUGGCUGAAAUCUUUACUACAACAUGUUAUGUUGGUUCCACGGUUAUUGUAUGGGAAUGGCUAGAGAGAUUAUCUGUUGUUCAAAGAAAUGAUAGAGCUCAAAGCGUUUUGGGGAGACCAAUAUUUGAAGAUGAAGAGAAUGAAUACAAUUUUGCUAAGUAUGCUUUAAGAGUUCAAAGUGCACUCGCAAGGAAUGAAGCUUCUGAUAACACUGAUGAGGGCAGUAAUACUAAUCUUGCCAGCUCUAUUUCUGGAGAACAUUUUCAGGGAACCAGCAAAGUACCUGAAGUCAGAAUUGACCAUACUAGCAGCUCAACUCUAUCGAAGACUGACACUACUACUGUGGAUUCAGGCAGCGUUGACCAGGUUAAGUUUAACAAUAAGAAGAGUUUUAAUGACGUUGCUCAAGAGAACGUAUCUACCGCGUUGAAGAAAAUGGUAUAUUUUACUGACCAAAUCGUAACAAAAAGUUUUGGCAAGAAUGCUUUGAAUUCGAGCUCUAAAAGUAGUGGUGGAUCAAAUGAAAGAAAAGCUAUUGUAAGAAAGAGAAUUGGUUCGGAUCGACCAAAUGAAGUUUAUGUUUACAAUACGAAGGAUGUCGUGUUUGAAUCGGAUGAUGAUAGUGAUAGCGAAUUACAGAAUAAUGAACAUGACCAAAGAAAUGAGUCUGAAGAACAAUAA